UGUCCACAACCCGCCCCCAACUUACCCUCCACAUUUAAAAUUUUGAUACGCCCCGAAGCCGUUACAUCACUCUCUAGGCUCCUCCUUAACUCCACCCUCUAGGGUUUCUCUACCUCACCAGUAGCCAUGCUCUUCCUCCACCUCCGCAGUAGCCGCCACCACUCUCACCUCCGCAUCCACAUCAAAUUCCUCUCCACAAUUUCCUCACAGCAUUUGCACCUCCCACUCUCCUUCCCAACCUACAUGAUAUGGGGCUCCAACACUUCCCUCGGCAAAACCCUAAUUUCCACCGGCCUCGCCUCUUCCUUCCUCCUCUCCCCCCGUACCACCAACAAAACCCCCAAAUUCGUCUACCUCAAACCAAUCCAAACCGGUUUCCCUUCCGAUUCCGAUUCUCAUUUCGUCUUUUCUAAACUCUCCUCCCUCGCUUCACUCCGUUCCUCUCCUCUCUCUCUCUCUGCCUCCAAUUCCGUCCUCAAUUCCUCCCUUUCCGCUGCCAGUUCCCUCUUUGGCGACGAUUCUAAGACCAAGGGUCGGAACUUAGGGAUUUAUAAUUUGAAUUUCACUGAGGAGAACAGGUUUGUGAAAGAUGGGGUUAAUGUGGUUUCGGAGUUGGUUUGUGAAACUUUGUAUGCAUGGAAGGAGGCUGUUUCGCCGCACUUGGCAGCAGAGAAGGAGAAUGGAGUUGUGGAGGAUUCUUUAGUGUUGGAGACUUUAGAGAAGUGUUUGAGAAAAGAAGAGGAUAGAAAGGUUGAGGAAAUGGAUGUUUUUUGCGUGGUUGAGACUGCUGGUGGCGUUGCGAGUCCAGGUCCGUCUGGGACCUUACAAUGUGACUUGUACCGCAGGCCUUUUCGCUUACCUGGUGUUCUUAUGGGAGACGGCAGGCUAGGUGGUAUUUCUGGAACCAUUUCAGCUUAUGAGAGUUUAAAACUUCGAGGGUAUGAUAUUGUUGCUGUUGUUUUGGAAGAUCAUGGCCUUGUUAAUGAGGUGCCAUUAUUGUCAUAUUUGCGAAAUAGGGUUCCUGUAAUUGUGCUUCCACCUGUGCCACAAGAUAUGUCAAAUGACUUGGUGGAAUGGUUUGGUGAUUCUGAUGAAGCAUUUAAUUCUCUAAAGGAAAUAAUGAUAUCAGCUUUUUCAGAAAGAAUUCUGAGACUGAAUGACAUGGCAAAAAAGGCAGUACACACUUUGUGGUGGCCGUUUACUCAGCACAAACUGGUACCAGAAGAGGCUGUUACUGUUAUUGAUUCAAGAUGUGGCGAGAACUUUGCCAUUUACAAGGUCCAAGGCAAUCAGUUUAUUACUCAACAAUUUGAUGGAUGCGCUAGCUGGUGGACCCAAGGACCUGAUGCUACUCUGCAGACUGAGCUUGCUAGAGAGAUGGGUUAUACUGCUGCAAGAUAUGGUCAUGUAAUGUUUCCAGAGAAUGUUUAUGAGCCGGCGUUGGAAUGUGCAGAGCUUUUGCUUGAGGGUGUGGGUAAAGGGUGGGCUUCAAGGACAUACUAUUCAGAUAAUGGAUCAACGGCAAUUGAAAUUGCUCUCAAAAUGGCAUUUCGCAAAUUUUCCUUUGAUAAUGGACUCCUUUUAGAUUUUUCCAACAAUAACAGAACUGACAAAUCUGUCCAACUAAAGGUAUUGGCUCUCAAAGGAUCUUAUCAUGGUGACACUUUGGGUGCGAUGGAAGCUCAAGCACCAUCAUCUUAUACAGGCUUCCUCCAACAGCCAUGGUACACAGGAAGAGGGCUUUUUCUAGACCCUCCUACAGUGUCUAUGUCCAAUAAUAAAUGGAAUCUUUCUUUACCUGAGGGAAUGCAUUGUGAAAAUAUGAUUAAGAAAGACAUGAACUUCAGCACUCGUGAUGAAAUAUUUGACAAGAGCAGGGACAAAUCAGAUCUCACAGGAGUUUAUUCCUCAUAUAUAUCGCAGAAAUUAUUACAAUACCCCGGAUUAAAAGAAUCUAUCCAUGUUGGAGCGUUGAUUAUCGAACCAGUUAUCCAAGGUGCUGGUGGAAUGCUUAUGAUUGAUCCACUUUUCCAAAGGGUGCUUGUAAGUGAGUGCCGAAGUAGAAAUAUUCCAGUUAUAUUUGAUGAAGUUUUCACAGGUUUCUGGCGUCUUGGAACAGAGUCUGCAGCAGAACUACUUGGUUGUCUACCUGAUAUAGCCUGCUUUGCAAAGCUGAUGACUGGCGGGGUUAUACCCUUGGCUGCAACAUUGGCCUCAGAUGCAGUUUUUGAUUCUUUUCUUGGAGAAUCAAAGCUCAAAGCCCUUUUGCACGGACACUCAUACUCUGCUCAUGCUAUGGGGUGCUCGGCAGCUGCUACAUCAAUUAAAUGGUUUAAGGAUCCUCAAACAAACCAUAAUAUUAUUUCUGGGCGAAGAUUGCUUAGGGAGUUAUGGAAUGCGGAACUGGUGCAACAGAUCUCAUCACAUCCUUCGGUUGAAAGAGUGAUAGCAUUAGGAACUCUUUUUGCUCUAGAACUAAGAGCAGAAGGGCAUAAUGUCGGGUACGCAUCCCUCUAUGCCCGCUCUCUUCUUCAGAAGCUCCGUGAAGAUGGUGUUUACAUGAGGCCUUUGGGCAAUGUCAUAUAUCUCAUGUGUGGGCCAUGCACAUCUCCUGAGAUCUGCACAAGCCUACUCAUUAAACUUUACACGAGACUUGAAGAGUUCUCCCAGGUACAGCAGGCUUCCUGCUAAUUAUGAAAGUCUAGUUAAUGUUUUUUUCUCUUAACAAAUAAUGAAUGAGGAUCGAUAUAAAUAAUGAUUGUGAUACUAAUUUAAUAAUUUUCUCUUGUCAAUUGAUAUGGCACCUUAUGCUAGGUGUUGAAUUAAUGAGAAAUAUUAUUAAAUCUUAAA